ACAUUACCACCCCUCAAUAAUCAUGUUUCAGUGUAAAAAUUUCAGUUUACAGACAAUGUAUAUUAAUAAAUGACGAUUUCUUAUGAUUAAUUACCUUGAUUAUAUUACCUAGCAAGGGAAUGGCAGGCGGAGGAUUCGUAGCUGAAUCCAGUGUUAAACAGUAUGAAGGCCGUGUCACGGCCUAUGUUAUUAUUAGCUGCAUUGUUGCUGCGACAGGCGGUCUCAUGUUUGGUUAUGACAUCGGGAUUUCAGGGGGGGUGACAUCCAUGGAAGAAUUUUUGAAGAAGUUUUUUCCAUCAGUGUACAGAAAAUCUGAAGCCUCAUCUUCAAAUACUAAUCAGUACUGCAAAUUCGAUAGCCAAUUGCUGACGUUGUUUACGUCUUCGUUGUACCUAGCAGCACUUGUAGCUUCAUUUGCAGCAUCUGCAUCAAAUAAACUUUUUGGGCGAAAAAUAACUAUGCUCGUUGGAGGGAUCAUCUUCCUUGUUGGUGCUUUCAUAAACGGAUUUGCACAGGAUGUCGCGAUGCUCAUUAUAGGUCGUAUUUUGCUUGGCGUUGGCGUUGGAUUCGCUAACACGACUGUUCCUGUGUAUUUAUCCGAAAUGGCGCCACCAAAAAUAAGAGGAGCACUGAAUAUUUGCUUUCAAAUGGCUAUUACUGUCGGAAUUUUGAUUGCAAACCUUUUAAACUAUGGAUUUGAAAAAAUGAAACACAAUGGAUGGAGAUGGUCCUUGGGACUAGCAGCUGCCCCGGCACUUAUUAUGACCUUUGGAGCGAUUUUCCUCCCGGACACGCCUAAUUCAUUCAUACAGAGAGGGAAGCAUGACAAGGCAAAACAUGUAUUACAGAGCAUCCGAGGCACUCAGAACGUUGACGAGGAGUUUCAAGAUCUUCUAGAAGCAAGUGAAGUGGCGAGACAAAUAAAGGAUCCAUGGAAAAACAUCCGCAAAAGGCAGUACAGGCCUCAACUAAUAAUUACAUUGUUGAUUCCAUUUUUCCAGCAGGUAACUGGCAUUAAUGUAAUCAUGUUUUACGCCCCGGUCUUGUUCAAGACUAUUGGUUUUGGUGAUGAUUCCUCUCUUAUGGCUGCUGUAAUCACUGGAGUCGUUAAUGUCUUUAGCACGUUGGUGUCAAUUUUUACCGUUGAUAAAUUUGGUAGAAGAUUUUUGUUUCUUGAAGGCGGAGGCCAGAUGUUAAUUUGCCAGAUCACCGUGGCUCUCCUGAUUGCAUCGCAAUUUGGAGUAUCAGGCCGCGGAGAUUUCAGCAAACCUGUAGGGAACGCGACUAUAGCCUUUAUCUGUUUAUACGUGGCCGGAUUUGCUUGGUCUUGGGGGCCUUUAGGAUGGCUAGUACCAAGUGAAAUCUUCCCUUUGGAAAUCCGCUCAGCUGGCCAAUCCAUCAAUGUCUCAGUGAACAUGUUUUUCACAUUCGUCAUCGGUCAAGUCUUCCUCACUCUGCUGUGCAAAUUGAAGUAUGGAUUAUUCUUUUUCUUCGGAGGAUUUGUGGUUAUAAUGACUAUUUUUAUCUUCUACUUUGUCCCUGAGACCAAGAAUGUUCCGAUUGAGGAAAUGAAUAGAGUGUGGAAGGCACAUUGGUUCUGGCACCGGUUCAUUCCUGACGAUGCUGUUGGCCUAGCCCAUGACACUGACCAUGUCCAAAAUGGCAAUGGCAGUGGCAGUGGCACGAGCAAUGGCAGGAGUAAUGGCAGUGAUAAAGGCAAGGACGUUGAGCUCGCUUCAUCAUCGGUGUAAGAGAAAGAAAAUUCAUUUAAAAACUAGACGUGUAGGACUAAUUAGGGAAUUGCGGUGAAAGAAGAGAGUACAGAGUAUAGUUUGUGCAAGAAACACAAAAGUUUUGAAACUUCUGCAUUUACUAGACAUGUAUAUCUUCAAACUUGUGUUGGAAAAUAAUGUACAAGGGAUCGAUAUCUUUUCAUUAAUCAAAUGUAGUGCAACGAGUUUUCAGUGUU